AGUAUAUACAUAUGAACAUAAGCAAUGGUUUGGAAAGAUGAAGAUGCUUUUACUGUGUUGGGAGCUUCUUUUAAAGUAGAAUUUCUUUUUUUUUUCACUCAGUUCAUCUAUACUAAAUAGGGUAGAAUGUGAUUAACCGUGUCAUCACACAGAGAAGGUAAAAUUCUCAGCAAAGUGAUUGAAGUUUAACAAGAUAAUAAUGAAGAUGCGUUAUAUUAUCCAAAAUUGUUGAUUUUGUUUGCCUUGUAUUUCAAUUGGGGUUGCUGGUGCCAGAAAGCAUCAGAAAGUCAUCAGCAAGUUUCUUUUACAUCAGGAGUUUUUAAUGAUUGUCUGUUUAUGUUAAGCAUACGAUUCAUAUUUUGCAAUAAAUGCACUCAUAUCAAAAAGAUGAUUCGUUCUAAUUAUUUCAGUGUUCCUUUUGUAAUUAUCUUUUUUGUUGACUUGACUUGACAACUGCAAGAAUUAUUAUUCAAUUUCUAACUUUUAGAAACAUUUUUACUAGCCUCAGUGGAGGUAUAAUUUUUCAUAAGUAUCACGGAAAAGUAACAUUCUUUUUUUAAUUUUUGUGGCCGCACUGUUGUAAAUGAAACUCAGGAUAGUUGAAUUGUGUGUAGAUAUAUUUCAAAACUUAUUAAUUAUUUAGAACCUAGGCACAUCAUUAUGGUUCUUUAAAAAAUGUAGUCAUGACUGCCAUACAAGGAUUCUGUAGAAUAUGUGACAGUGAGAAGAACACUCCAAAAGGAAAGGAGAAGUACACCAUAUCAGAAAACCAAGUAACAUACAAUUCGACUAGUUAUACCUUUAAUAAAGUUUUUUACAAACCAAAAAGAUAUAACGAAAUAUACGCAGCAUGUCUGGAAGAUUUGGAAAGAUAUUUCUUAAGCGGAUAUAACACCUCGUUUUUAUUUUUGGGUGCUGUCAAAAGUCAGUUGCUGCACAGUGAUAAAGGACUAUUAAGUUACAUAAUUGAGCAAAUAUACAAUGCUUUUUCUAAACAAUGCAAAGCUAAAGAGGGUAAAAAAUCAUCAACUUUAUCAUCGAACAGGAAAGAUGAGAUUCUAAUCAGAGUGAUUGAAGUUCAACAAGAUAAUAUUAAAGAUUUGUUAUGUUUGCUGAAAGUAUCUGCUCGUAACAAGUCAUUAUCUGGAAGGGACUCAUCAACUAAACAUACUGAUUCUAUUCCCACAUUGGAAACGCCGUCUCCAGUUGAAGGUAAUGUUCAAGUUGUGGAAGAUGAUUUUAAUGGCAUCAUGAUAGAGAAUGCAAAAGUGUUAUCUUUGGGUACUCUAUCGUCAACAGUUUUACUGAGCUCACUUCAAGAGUCUUUACAUCAAUCUGAAAUUUCUAAGGAUAGCACUACAUCAAAUCUCAUCAUUGAGCUUGCUCUCCAAAAGAUUGUUGAUGGAUUUGAUAUUCCUGUUUCUUCCUGGUUUCGCUUUAUAUGCCUACCAGCUGCUUCCAAUGAGAAUGAGCAGUUUAUGAGCUCUGUAGAUGUGCUUGAAUCUUUUAUAAGGUUGGCAACACCUCAUGCUUAUGAUUCUGUCAACAGAUCACAUGUUACAGUAAAGAUGUUGUCUGAUAUGAUCGGAGGGAACUGCAUAACUAAUUUCAUGUUAUUAAUGGAACCAUACGUUUCGAUGAGUAAUAAACAUUCUCUUGAAACAGCAACAAAGCUCUGUAAACUCCACAAUUAUCCAGUGGAUAACUCGCCACAUAUGAAGAGUUUAUUGCGGCAGUACCGAAUCAAAAUCAAAGCUCUGCAAAGAAAUUUGUCAAAGAAAAAAAACAUUGAUGAUGCUUUUAUAGAAGAAUUAAAAGAAAAAAUAGCACAUCUUGAUCAGGAAAAUAAGCAACUGCACAAUGAAAAAGAAAACUUGGAAAACAUGAUGAGUGACGUAAAGGAAAAAUAUAACAAGGCUGUUGUUUCGCAUGCCGAUAUUUCAUCAAAAAAUGUCUUUUCUACGGAAGAAAAGCUGAAGAUGUCGAAAGAAGCAAUCGAACUGCGUAUUCAUACUAACAAAAUUCAACAAGAGGCAGAGACACAGUUUUUUGAGUUGAAAAAUAAGUUACUGAUUGAGCAGGAAAAAACCUCAAAACUUGAACGCCAUUUAGCCUUCGAAAGAAAGGUGCAUACCGAUUUGAAAGAGAAAUUUGAUAUUGUAAACAAGGACAAGAAAGAUCUUCUUGAAGAAUAUAUCAACUUAAAAGCCAACUAUCAAUCUGUGAAGACUCGAUAUCAGCAAGAGAAAUCUACAAAUGAAGGGCUAAAUGAAAUGGUAUGCAAAUUGUCAGAGAUAAAAGAAAAAAUGGAUGUUGAGAAAACAGAUUUACAGUGUCAGCAAAUCAAGCAUUUUAAUGAACAGCUUCAUAAGUUGAAAUUAGCAUUAUCAAAUAACAAGAAACAGGUGGAGGUAGAAGAGAAUGAAAGUUUGCUUAAGAAUUUUGUUGAUCAUGAUGAAGUCAGUGACAAUUAUAUGAAGCAACUUCAAGAAAAGCACCACAAAGAGUUGCAGUCAUUGGAGAAUUUGAUAUUUUCGCUGAAGAAGAAACUCGUACAGAAUGAAGAAACAAUAUUCACAUAUCAAAGAAAACUUGCUCAAACUACUUCAAAAAUGCUUAUCAUGAAGGACGAAAAAGAAUUUGUUGACACGAAGCUGUCAGACGUGGAACUAAAGUUUAAAAAUCUUUCACAUGAGUACCGCACGCGUUUGCACCAAUAUAUCUCUGAUUUAAAAAAUUUUGUGUCUGGUAAUUCCAAUGAUAACACCAAUAAAGCAUAUAUUGAAUCACUCGACAAUAUGAUGAAAGACUUACAAACAGCUUUUGACAACGAAGUAAAAACUUAUUACACGAAACUGGAGGAAGAAAAGAAAACAUCGCAAAUGAUUGUGGUGUUGCAUGAAAAGUUAUUGAUCGCCUAUAGGUUGCUAUUAAAAAAUCAAACUGAAGACUACAACGAACAGGAUGCGAGUUCAUAUGAAAUUUUGUUACCACCAGAUGAAGAAAUUCAAACGAUUUAUACGAAGGAAAGGAAUGAACUUCGAACAAAGUUGUGCAUAGCAGAAGAAAAAGUGAAAGACCUUCAAGAAAAUUUGAGUGUGUUAAAGCAACAUAUCAAGGAGCAAGAACUGAAUGGAAGUUUCGGGGAAAGCAACAUGGGUGACAUUUGGAAUGGUGUGCGAAAAAAAGUACGAGAUUUUACUACCACAGUUCAGCAUAACUUGGAGAAAGAGAGAGCUGAACUUCUGACUAGAUGUCAUCUGGCUGAACAACAGCUAGAAACGUAUCAAGAAAUGAUGGAAGAAAAUCACAAAAGAUAUCAGAUUGAAAUCAGUCAUUUGCAACAUCUAUUAAGCGAGCGACAACACGAAAGAUAUGUUCAAAACAAUCUGUUGGCUAUAGAGGACGGCAACGGAGGAGUGCUACCUCCUAUUCACCCAAGCAACUUCAGAUAUAAUCAGUAUAGUAGAAGGUGACACCGAACUGUCACUAUAAAAGACCUUUUAAGAAGUAGCUAAUAUCAGUUUGAUGUAACAGUAGUCUUCAGUGUUUUCUUAACUACCGUUUUUGUGAGACGAAUAUCUAAAAUGUCGUGCAGAAUUCAUAAAGUCAGUUUCUAAAAUUGAUUCCAUAUUUAUAUUGUUUCUGCUUUAUUUGGAUUUUUUGUUAAUAAGAAAUAAGUAGUAUAUUUAUUGUAUGUUAUAUGUAAAUACAUUAGAGAUAUAUAUAUUUUUAGAAAUAUAAUUUUUUUAUAAUGAA